GCUACGUCUGCGCCGCCGCGCCGCCCCGUGACGUCAUGACGCCCGCACCGCCGCCUCCUCUGUCGCGCGUGUUUCUCUCUAUAAUCCGGGCUAUAGCUGUGGCUGUUUCUGUGGAUUCUCUCCCAUCAUGGCCUUGGGAGUAUACUGCUUCCGCCGGCUACACCCCACCUUUUGCACUUACCUUGCUACUUUGACCAGACCUGUUUCAGAAGUUUCCAUGAAACCUGUGCAUGGAAGACAACAUGACCACAGGCAGUACUUAGCCUACCCAGCCGUGCCAGUUCGCCAGUUUGCAACCAAGAAAGCAAAAGCUAAAGGGAAAGGACAGCCUCAGGUGAGAGUGAACAUUAACACAACCUUGGUUGAGGACAUAAUCAACUUGGAAGAGGUGGAUGAAGAAAUGAAAUCUGUGAUGGAAGCACUCAAGGAUAAUUUCAAUAAGACUCUCAACAUAAGGACUGCACCAGGAUCCCUUGAUCAUAUUACUGUGGUAACUGCUGAUGGGAAGCUUGCUCUAAAUCACAUUGGCCAGAUCUCCAUGAAGUCACCACAGAUGAUUUUGGUGAAUAUGGCCAGUUUCCCAGAGUGUACAGCUGCAGCUAUCAAGGCUAUAAGAGAAAGUGGAAUGAAUCUGAACCCAGAAGUGGAAGGGACACUAAUUCGGGUACCUAUUCCUAAAGUAACCAGGGAACACAGAGAAAUGCUGGUAAAACUGGCCAAACAGAACACCAACAAGGCCAAAGAAAAUUUACGGAAGGUUCGCACUAAUGCAAUGAAUAAGCUGAAGAAAUCAAAGGACAAAGCCUCAGAGGACACCAUCAGGCUCAUAGAGAAACAGAUCAGCCAAAUGGCCGACGCCACAGUUGCAGAGCUUGACAGGCAUCUGGCAGCAAAGACCAAAGAACUCCUUGGAUGAAAGUCAGCAGUCACAUAUUCUGGUCAUCCCUUAGGUGACAAGCUGUCGCCUGCCACUCCCCUGUCCAUCUGUCAGAGGCUCUCACUGCUGUUCCUCCACAGAGGCCCUGCCGACUCACCGAAUCUCUUCCUUGUUUCCUCGCAUAGUGUUGUUCUGCUUGGAGUCUUCUGGUGUGACAGUUCAGAGGAUGUCUGCUGUGGCAGUGACCUUGACUCUGAUGUCACCACAGGACUGCUUCCUUUCAGACAGCCGUCGGACCCUGCCUCGUUUCUACCUCAUCUAGACUAAGUGGGCCUUCACCCUGACUGCUAAUGAUCAAACUUAAAUAAAUUAGAAAAAUAACAACUACAGAGGAAAGACAGAGUGGUGUGGGUGGGAGAGCCCCCAGAACCUCUUUAGAAAGCAAGCAAGAGCAGUGUCUGCUCUGGGCUGUCAUCACACAUGCUGCCCCACGAGGACUGUUCACUGUGGUGGCAUCAGUCUCACCCUCUGGGCAGUCUCUCUGCCUUCUGAUCUAGACCCCAUUUUGGGCUCACGGGCUCCUUGUAUUAAAUCUCUUUUUCUCCUCUGUUA